AAACUUUGUGAAAAUCGUUAAAAAAUAACAAAAGAUAUUUAUUUGACUUAAAAAAACUUGAGAAAACUAAAAGCAAGUUAUGAAUGGAACGUGUUGAUGCAGAAAAUGCGUUGAAAUUUUCACUGGCUAAGGCACAAUGAAAAAAAAGUAGAAGAAGCAUUAGUGGCAGUGUGUGUAAAUGUUCAAAGCAGAACAAAAAGUUGGAAAUACGGCGUGAAUGAAGAAACGUAAAUUGCAACUCUUUGAUAGUAAAAUGAAAAAUUAAAAAAAAAAAUAAGUAAAUCAUUAAAAAGAAAUACUUUGGCAGACAAAGCAAAAACAAAAUCAUUGAUUGGUUACAAAGUGCUGGCACUGCAAUUGUGGUUACAUACGCAAACGUCGCCAUAGCCACGUACGUCCGUGGCGGAUACACCGGCAUUGGACAACUAUCUGGCUACUCACGCUAGUGGAACAGACCGAAUUAUUUGAACAACGAGCAGGGUAUAGAAUUACACAUAAUAUUCAACAUCACAACGUACAUUUUAACGUUUGUUGCAAAAAUUCAUAUUAAGAAUUUUGCAUAAGCUCCAACCGGGCUAUCAAGCACAUUCUAAUAAUUACACUAUUUUAAUGGCAUUUGUUUGCCCACCUCCUCCUCCUAUGCGGAAAAAUGAACAAUGAAAUCAGUGGUAAGACUCUUCUAUCCGUCACCGCAUCGAUUGCCGCUACCAUCAUACCUGACACACCUAUUGUGUCCAUAGCCGGUGCCACUUUAAGUGAAAUAACCACUACAACAACUUCAACGACAACAACACCGACACCCACACCAACACCAACAUCUUUCAUACCAUCAAAUAAAACCAACAGAGACCAUAUAAACGCCAAUUUGCCAAACAAUCCAAUGUCUGAUGCUGCUGUCGCCAAGUCAGCUGGAGGCAACGGUACCGCCGCUGCAAACAAUACCUUAUCUAAUACACCAGCAGAUACAGGUGGUAUCGCCGGCAAAAAUUCUUCACUAGAACAUGCCACUAUUGUGAACAUUGCCAAUGCUGGAAAAUCAGAUGACGCUAAUACAAAUGCAUCAACUGACACAAAGAAAUCUGAUAUCUCCGAUUUAGAAGAACCAGAGUUAAAAAAGCUACUAGACGAGGCCUACAAUUAUAAAACACCUAAGGACAAAAAAGAUAAAAGCGAAAUAUUCUUGGAUUUGCUGCAGAAGGUGGAAAAUGAAGAUCUGGGCAUAACAUCGACACGUGCAGAUAGUCAUCGUCAUCAUCCGCAUUCACAGAGUCGUCAUCAACAGAAGCAGGGUGGCUCAUUGCAAGAUCUCUUACAGCUCCCAUCCGAUUAUCGACGCCAAAAUCAUACAUCACGUCACAAGAAAAACUCGUCCGUGUCUUCACGGCAACGUGAGGGCGGAAGUUUACCCAGCAACGUCAAUGUUGCCAAUUGCUUGCUAAGCAGCUUUGGUCAACAAUCGUCCGUAUAUACGGAUAAACGUGUGCGUCGGGGUAUUUUGCCAGGCGUGGAAAGUGCUACAGUUUCUUUGAACAGCAACAAGACAUUGGUCGGCGUAGUUGGUCUGGCUGUUAGCGACCCAAACUCCAAUUGUUUGCUUAGUAGCUUUGAACAGCAGACACCUGCCUACGCGGAUAAACCUGUUCGUCGUAUUCUUGGUCUUGCUGGUGGUGAUCCCAACGCAACUACUGGUGGUACAGGCACCAGUGGCAGUGCUGGCACGAAUUCAGUAGGUAUAUGCAGCAAGGACAGUGGAAGCAGUGUUGGUGCUAGCGUGACAAGUGUCAUUGGAGGCACUGGGAAUAUGGCGACCACAGCGAGUGGCCAUAGUGUUGGUGGCACGAUGGCAACUGGCGCGGGUAUUGUUAAUAACCCAGUAAAAAGUGCCAAUUCCAUUACUGGUAGUAGUGAUUAUAUUAUUAAUAUUGGCGAUAUGAUCGAUAUUCAACAGCAGCAGCAAAUUUUACCAUCUAAAGCACAAGACGGCGGGCAGGGCUUGCCGUAUUAUGAACGUGUUGAUAUUGAUAUGCGCAUACCGCGUCCAAAUUUGCACCGUGGAGAGGGUGUGGAUUUCGCCCCAGCACACUCCCAUCAUUAUGUAGACGAAGUAAUUCGUUUUCAUCAAAUCGAUGGCGGAGAUGGUAGUUUGUGUGAGAGUGGUGAAGUAGCCAUUUCAGUUAACAAUCUUGGCAACAAACUCAAGUCGGCAGCUGCGUCCUGUUCCCUCCCGAUGCCGUUAGACGAGCGAUACCGGUCCAUUAAAUCGGUGAUGGGUGAGAAGGGCGAAAACGCCGGCGCCAGCUUGAAUGCAGCAGUUACAGCAAAAGCUUCCGGAACAAUAACAGCAAACAGUGGUGGUUCCAUCAGCAAUUCAAAUAAUAAUUCAGGUGGUGGUGUCGGCACCAACAGUAUCGGUAUAGGCAGCUACACAAAAUCACUACCAUUAUCGCGUCAGACUGACGAGAACGGCAACGAUUGCGAACGUCAGCAGCACAAUAGCAGCAGCAGCAGCAUUACUGUUAGUGCAGGUCAAUCGCAGGCGAAGGCCAAAACUAAGAAGAAGCCACAAAAGGACAACACCAUACCUGUCGAUGUUGAGAAUGAGGCUGGGUACCGCGGCAAGGAUCCUGUCGAAGUAUUGCUGAAGUUCAUAGAGGAAGAUUCCAAGCAGAGCGGUAGUGGUGGCAACAAAUUCGCCGAAAAUAAUAAAAAGAAAGAGCGCAAAAAGGAGAAAGUGAAACAAAGUAAAAUGAAGAAAAGCAAUUCACUGGAGGAGUUGCGUAGUUGUGCCAAGAUCGAUGUUGGCGAACUUAAACAAUCAGCUGCCACUACUGAGAGCAAUAAUGUCACAAUGCGCAGCAAAGGUAGUGGUGGUGGCAAGGGUGGCAAGAAUAAUUCUGCUUCUAUAGCUGAUAUAAAUAAAAACUUCGAUGGUGGCAGCAAGGAAGGGACAACCACUUCGCCAACUAGCGGUGGCAAGCAAGCGAAUGCAGUUGCUACCAAUUCAAAUACAACGGUUAGCAAUCGCAAAGGCGAGCGACGUUCAUGGGGCACUGAGGAGUUGCAAUAUUUGGGAACUGAAGGCAGUGUUGGCGGUGCUGGCAGUAACAGUGGUUCCGUUGCUAGUAGCGGUGAGGACAAGGUGAAGGAAAAGAAAGAUAAGAAAAGUAAGGAGAAGGAUAAAGAUAAAGAACGCGAUGUAGAAAAGGAGAAGGAUAAAGGCAAGGAUAAAGAUAAGGAGAAGGAAAAAGACAGUGAUAAGCAUGAUAAACUGACAAAUAAUAAGAUUGACGGUAAUACAAAACUGGAUAAACAUGAAAAAAUUGAUAAAGUUGAAAAGGCAGAAAAGCAGGAGAAAGUUGAAAAGCCGGAACGAGCCGACAAGACGGAGAAACGCAAAAGAUCCGAGAGCAUUAUGCAAACUCCGAUUGCCAACACAGUGGAGCGUCAAGAUGCUGGUACACCGGUAUUCUCGGCUAUCGACUUAUUGUCUAUGAAUGCGCUGAUAUCCGAGACGGCCGAAUUUCAUGUGGUUACCAAAAAGAAGAAGCCAAAGAAGCAGCGCGCUUCCAUUGACGAAACUCAUUUUACACAAAACUCGAAUUAUAACAACAGUGGCCACAACAACUAUAAUAAUAAUAAUUGUGGCACAACUUCGCGAGCGCACAAUAUGGUAUUGAAUGCACAGAAAAAUAACAACAACAGCAAUAAUAAUAAUAAUAAUGUGUCACAACAACAACAGCAGCAACAACAAUCACGUUAUAAAUACCAUAACAAUAAUGCGCAUGGAUUUAACUCGUAUGGAAACGGUGGUGGCGGUGGUAGUGGAAGUAACAACAAUAGCUUUGGCGAAGAUGGACGUCUUGAUUAUCGCAAUAAUUACAAUUCUAAUUAUAAUAAUAACUACAAUACCAACCACUCGCAUCAGCAGUAUGGCUAUCAACACCAGCAGCAGCAAGGUCCUUACCAUCACCAUCAGCAUAAUAAUCAACAACAACAACAGCAACAUCAUCAUCAUGCUCACAAUGUGAACAGCGGCUCCACAGACAAAUCGCGCCGUAAAUCAACUUCCUCAGUGCCACCUUCGGAGAAAUCCGAUUCUAGUGAUCUCGAUUCAGUGCAUUCCUUGCCCAUAGAAUCAACCACAGCUUCAGUGACCAAAAACAAACAGCGUCACAAGCAGACCGACGCAUCGACCACAGCUACGCCAGAAACACCGAAGAGUACGGCGAGCGGUGGUUCACCAGGUUCGGCGCCGAUUUCCUAUGCACAUAUCGCCGCGGCAGCUGCUGCGGAUCGUUGGCCCAGUCUGGACGCUGCCAACAACAAUAACAAUGCAAUGCCAAAUGGCAUUAAUACCUCUCCUACUAUUGCCAACAAUAUGGCCGAACAGUUGCAGACACAAGUGACCAACAAUUGUGAAAUUGCUACAUCCUCCUCACUAUCAAAUGCCAGUAACAGCCCCUCCACGGCAGCAGCAGUGUUUGCUGCAGCAACAAACUCUGCCAGCAAACAGGGCAAGAGCAAGAAGCUCACCAUCAAACCAGAUUUCCCAGAGCUGGGUUCUAGCAAUGCUACGAUUGCGACGGCGUCAGAUAACAGCAAGCCAAACUUAGCGUCCGCAGCCAUUCCCGUGAUUGCCGCCGCAUCGAAAACGAUAUCAUAUUCUCAGCGUCUAGUUGCCGCACCCGCACAAUUAAUCACCCAGCCUAACAUUGUAGGUAUUGCAAACGGUGAGAAAGUGGCUGGUCCCACAGUCGACGCAGUCAUUACAUCUACCGUUGCUGCUACUACUGCUGUUCCAGACACCAAUACCUUAACGGAUGUCAACAAGGUUGAUAUCAUCAGUGGCAUCUCGGCGCGUUUGCCACAACAGCAGCCAAUGCAGCACCAACAGUCACAGCAGCAAAUGCAGACUCUACAAAAGUCAAAAAGUGUCGAACACGAUAAUUACAGUUUCAAUAGUAGUAACCUGGAUCAACAAUAUCCGGCCUUAGAAAAGACAGUGAAACGUCAUAGCGCCACUAACGUAUCUAUUUCACCACCAACGGCUGCCGCCACAAUUGUUGGUGGCGCAGUGGGCAGUAGUGGUAUUCCAACACUGGCCGCCAGUUCGGUGCCACCCGCAAAUGUUACUAGUUCCACUAAAUUUAAUUUCGCCGCGGCUGCCAAACAGCUCGUGGUCAAAAGCUGUUCCGUGUCACAAUCGAUAUUAACGCAAGAUCCGGCAAUAGCAGGAGCAGCGGCGCAGCCAUUAACAGUUUCAUCAAUAACUACCUCAGACCCUCCAGCUGCAUACCCAACAGUACCGGGCAACGCGACCAUUACUGCUGCAGUAAAUGUUACGGUGGCGCCAGUAACAAUGCCAGUCCGCAAGUCAAAAGAAAAGUCACCAACAGCUGUAUUUGCGCCGCCGACAGCGAUCAACGCACUUGCAACCGCAGCAGUAGUACCAAUCGUAAGUGCAAACUUAGCUGUCCAGACGCCCGAUGUAAGCGCUGUGAUCAUUACUGCACGGAAAAGCAAGAAAGAAAAGUCACAGCCAGUGCUUAUCGCAGAUCCGACCAUAAGCUUCACAACAAUCACUGAGCCGCAUGCUCACGUUGCACAAAAAUUGAGUACAGCCACCCAGACGCAAGCAACGUCCAUGGAUAUAGAUACUAGUGGUAAAACUUCGCGCUCACAAUCAAAUAUAGUUGCGAGCAGCGAAACGGUUGUGAUACCACCCAUUGUGAGCAAACCGCAAAGGCAGCAUGUUAGCACUGCCACUAAUAUCAGUAAAAGCCACAUUGCAUCUGCUGCCACAACGGCAACCAACCCUGCAUAUGCCGGCGCCGUGGUAGGUCCGCUAAGUUGCAACGCGCCUAGCAACCGGCCGGCAGUUAUAAUUUUGAAUGACGAUCGCACCGGCGACAGCAGCGCCGUUGGCAUUGAGUUCACGUUUGGUGACUUCAACGAGGACGAAUUGAAGUUCUUCGACGACAACAUUGACGAAGACGACUGCUCGGAUGAGUUGGCUGUCAAUGAUUCGGCGAUACAACAGCCGUCACAACCAGCGACCGCUCCAACUUUGAACACUGGUGUUGCAAACAGUGCAUAUACAAAAAAUGCUGCCGUGCCAGUAGAAUUGGCUAAUGACAACAUUGUUACACCGUUCGUAGAGAACGUCGGACUCUAUGCAGCUGUCAGGGCUUCAUCGCCACAGCCAACUUUUAUCGGGCCGCCCUUAAGCAACGUUCCUGUCGUUAAAGACAUUGGACUUAUUGUGAAAACGCCAGUAACCGCAGUCGGUAACUCUGUCAACAAUAACACCGUUGAUCAAGCCAACGUGAAUGACAAUAGUAGCGUUGUAAGUGUGGCCGGUUCCGACACUGACCUACAGCUCCAGCUGCAGUUACAGCAGCAACAACAGCAGCAGUUGCAGCGGCGAAAUAGCGAAACGCAAAAGUUGCAACAACUAGAGACUUGUAAUGACAUUGAGACCGCCAUUAUAGCUGCGGCGCGUGCAGCCGCCGAACAGCAACAUCAACAGCCACCAAUGCAGCCACCACCGCUGCAGCAACAACGUUCAUAUCGGCACAAACACCAACAACAAUAUAGAAGUACUUCCUAUGGCAACGCUUACGAGCCACCACAACAGCGCGAGCAACGUUCACAGUCCGCGUACACGCGUGAUACGCCGAAUAACUACCAACAACAACACCACUAUCAUAGUCAAUACCAUCAGCAGCCGCACUAUCACUACCACCAAAGUAGCAGUAGUAACAGCGCCUCACGCAGUCGCAGCAGUAGCAGUAACAACAAUGCUAAUUCAUAUGAUGUUUCGGGCAGCACACCGCCUCCACAGUCACCAAAUCCCACAACAUCCGUUGUUGUGAAUAUACAACGUAAAGAAUUCGACAUACAUUUCAUACCGCCCACAAUGUCGAACGCAUACAACGCGUUGCAACACAACGAGAUUAUUGUGGAUUUCAUUGGCUCCGCUUGGGAGGAAGUAGCUAAAGUGACGAAAUUCUACGAAGGACAAUAAAACGCCGCCACAACAGUAGCAGCAAAUACAUAGGCACUGCAAUCACUGCAUUACAACAUAAACAAAGCCCAAAAUUAACAAAAAGAAAAACGACAACACGCUCAAUGCGUCAAACAUGAAAAGCCGCAGAGUCUGACACAAUUUGUUAGCUACAGCGUGCCUACACUAGCGUGAUGUAGACAUGACUGUGAGCUUUUCCAAAAUGUAUAACGAGUAAUUACCGGCUUUUGGCAUUUUGUGUUAUAUCGGCUGAGCGCUGCAAAAAGUGAGUGCUUGUCAUGCUGUCGUUUGGUUAAAUUAAAGCGUAACGCUGAACUUAUUGCCGUGGAUGCGCGUUGCAUUGUCAAAUAAACGAUCUUGUACGUAUAGUUGCUUAUUUACAGUAUGUUAUUAUAAGUGUUUAAAUAUAUUAUAAAAAGAACUGCGAAAUCGUAAGCACGCAAAAGCAAACAAAUAUAACAAUUAUAAUAAAAUCCAAAUACAGAGUGGGAAGAAGAGCGCGUGUGAAGGAAGCAUACUUGUAAUAUACAAGGAUAUAUAUGUAUGUAUAUAUGAAAAAUAUAAACACAAAUACACAUAAAUAUAUGAAACCAAAAAUAUAUAUAUGUAUGUGUAUAUUGCUUUUGUCUGUACAUGGCUGCUUGUGUGCUUUUAUCGCCUUCUAAUUCACUACUUCGCUGAAACUCUAACUCUAACUAAUAUAAAUACUAUUUUAAUUUACUUAGAAGUUAAUCAGUGAAAAUGUUAGUUUAUAAAACGAAUACGAAUUCGAAAUCCAUAGAGAGAGAGAGAGACAAUGUGAAAAUGAGCGUAAAACAUGAAUUGAAAUAAAUACGAAAAAAUAUAAUUAUGAAAAUUGAAUUAAAAAAAGCAAACGUAUAUAUGUAUGUACAAAAGCGUGUGGAAAUGGUUUGAGACAGCACAUAGGAAAGCAACGCCAACUUGAACUGUAUGAAAUCUCUCAUAUGUACUUGAAAAAAAAAAUAUAUAUUUUAAUUAAAUUGGAAACUAUGCAUUAAAAUACAACAACCGAACAACCGAAACAGCAUUGAGUGUAACGCUGUGAACGAAGGGCUUAAAGUACAGAUGUUUUUACAAUGCAGCAAAUGUCUGGCAAGCGGAAACGUGACUGAAAUGGCAACUUGGCGAACUCUGGCGCUUCGGAUUUGCUCUCUCUAAUAGUACGCAAGCAAAAGAAGCUGUACAAUACAUAUAGUAGUUAUAGAAAUGCGUACAUAUACAAAAAUAUAUAUUAAAACAUUUAAAUAUACAAUUAGCUACUAUAAAUGUACUUUAUUAUUAUAUGUUUCAAUUUAUAUAUAUGCUGUGCUGCUGUCUCGGAACGCCGACUGCACUCAGUGAGUGCGAGAGUGUGAGAAUGUAGCAUAGAGAGUCGUGUGACAAAAAGCAAAAUUAAAUAAAAAAUUAAUUUGUAAAAAGUUGGAACAGUCACACGCAUAAAAUCUAAACAAAACCAACUGUAACAGCGCCGCACCGUCUCUAUUGCAGCAUUCCAGUGAGCGUUCUACUUGUAAGCAAACGCAGCGGCAGCGCAGACAAAACCACAAAAAAGGCAUAUAUAACACAACAUAAAUAAGCCAAUAAGUGAAAUAGCCGUAAAGCGAAUCAACUGAACUAUUAAAAUAAUGCAUAAAUUACAAAAAUAAAAUAAAUAAUAAACACACACACGUACACAACUCAUAUGGUGGAGAACAUUUGCAUACAUGCACAUUUAUAGAUAUACAUAUACAUAUAUAUAUAUAGAUAUGCCGCUCGCAUUAAUAAUAAAAAUUAAAAGCUGUAACUGUAUAAUUAAUAAUGGCAAUGAAAUCACGCGAUAUUAAAACUUAUUUAACGCUAACUAAACUACUAAAAAUAGCAACAAAAUUCGCAAAAAAAAUACAAUAACAAUUAAUGAACUAAAAUCGUUCAAUGUAUAUACUUAGUAAGUAUUAUAAGGUUAUUUAUAAUUGAAAAUAAAUAAAUCAAAUCUAACGUUUAGCAAUAGCUUUACUAAAAAGCACACUAAUGCUGCAUGAAGUCUAAGAUUAGUUAAAAUUGAAAGAAUAUAAAUUAAGCGCGUUAAUAAUUGAAGUGAACUAAAUUCUAACGCAUACAAUUGUGUAUUAAUAAAAAAUACUAAUAUAAUGGCAAAAAGUAAAAUAA